CUCUGUCACAUUUGUGAAAUCCAAUCAUAAACAUGCUUAAAUAGGAGAGGAGAAAUCAGAGGAAAACCAAGUAACUUCCAGUGUAUUGAGGACCGACCAGAAUCCUUCAAACCAGGCUCGCGCCCGCUACGCUCGCGCCCCUGUCCUGACGCGGUAAAUCCUCUCACGCGUCUGGCAACUCGCGCUCUGAGCUCUCGCGAAACGCGCUGACGUCCCGCCCCGCAGCGACGUGCACAGCGUCUGACGUAGGCGUCCGGACGUCGCUCCGGUAUUUUCCCCCCCUUGCUUCUUCUGAAUUUUUUUUUUUUUUUUUUUUUUUUGUUUUUCUGUUUCCACGAGGAAGUUGUGGAGUCGGCCACUCGGUUCCAGCUGGGAGAAGACGAGCUCCGGCAGUGAUCGCGAGGGACGAUGGCCUCGCGGGCUCAAGGCGAAGCGGAGGAGCAGAUGGAGGAGGCCGAGGAUCUCCAGGAGCGGGAUGCGAGCGCUGUCUCCCCGGCGAUCGAGGCGCCCGAGGUCGGGCCGGGUGACGAGAGCCUUGCGGAGCCGUUGCUUCUGCCGUGGGACCGCUUCUCCGCCUGGCUGCACUGUAUCUGCGUGGUGGGCUUCGACCUAGAGCUCGGACAGGCGGUGGAGGUCAUUUACCCUCACCAUUCGAAGCUCACAGACAAGGAGAAGACAAGUAUCUGCUACUUGUCCUUCCCGGACUCCAACUCGGGAUGCCUGGGCGACACGCAGUUCUGCUUCCGUUUCCGUCAGGCUGCAGGCAGGAAGUCCUCCCUUGGCUGCUUCCUGGAGCACUUCGACAGGGACGCACCCGUCUGCCUCAAGAGAGACCAGGGCCAUUACUACGGCUACGUGUACUUCAGGCAGGUGCGGGACAAGUCGCUCAAGAGGGGCUAUUUCCAGAAGUCACUGGUUCUCAUCAGCAAGCUCCCCUACGUCACCUUCUUCCACUCCUUGCUGAAGCUCAUUGCUCCAGAGUAUUUUGAGAAGCAGGAGCCCUGUUUGGAGGCAGCGUGCAACGACAUUGACCGCUGGCCUGCUCCGUGUCCCAGCAGAGUCCUAACGCUGCCCAUAAUGGGCGUGGUCAUGAAGGUUCGGAUCCCCUCCUGCUACGACAAGCCGGGCAUGUCGCAGCUAGUCCACUCCUCAGAGAAUGACAGCUUGGUGUCCAUUGUCCUCCCCAGCAUCCAUGAGGUGGACCUCUUCAGGUGUUUUUCCCCAGUCUUCUUUCACAUUCAGAUGUUGUGGGAGCUCGUGCUGCUAGGAGAAGCUCUGGUUGUCAUGGCUCCGUCACCGGCGGAAUCCUCAGACACAGUGUUGGCUCUGGUCAGCUGCAUCUCCCCGCUGCGAUACUGCAGUGACUUCAGGCCCUACUUCACCAUCCACGACAGCGAGUUCAAGGAGUACACGACCCGGACACAGGCUCCCCCAUCAGUCAUACUUGGUGUGACAAAUCCCUUCUUUGCCAAAACUCUCCAGCACUGGCCUCACAUCAUCCGCAUCGGGGACAUGAAACAAAUGGGGGAGAUGGCCAAGCAGAUGAAGGUGAAGAAGCUGAAGAAUCUAAAAACUCUGGACUCCAAACCAGGUGUGUACAGUGCCUACAAGCCCUUCCUGAACCGAGAUGAGGAAAUCAUCAAGCAGCUGCAGAAGGGCAUCCAGCAGAAGCGGCCUUCGGCAGCCCAGAAUGCAAUUUUGCGGCGACACUUCCUGGAGUUGACACAGAGCUUUAUCAUCCCACUGGAGCGUUACGUGGCGAGUUUGAUGCCUUUGCAGAAGAGCAUCUCACCUUGGAAGAGCCCACCUAUGCUGCGGCCCUUCAGCCAGGACGAGUUCAUGAAGACCCUUGAGAAAGCAGGACCCCAACUUACGUCCCGUCUCAAAGGGGACUGGAUUGGCCUGUACAGGCAGUUCCUCAAGUCCCCGAACUUUGAUGGCUGGUUCCGGAACCGCUGGAAGGAGAUGACCCAGAAGCUGGAGGCACUGCACCUGGAAGCCCUCUGUGAUGAGGACCUCCUGCUGCGGAUCCAGAAGCACACUGAGGUGGAGACUGUGGACCUGGUGCUGAAGCUGAAGGACAAACUGGCGCAGGCAGAAAGGGAGCAGCUACCUGUCAAAGCGGGGACCCUGGCCAGGCUACAAAACCACAUCGAAUCGGUCAUCUUGACGCUGCCUGAGGACCUGCAGGGCAUCCUGCUCAAGCCAUCCAGCCCCUAACUUGCUGCUCCACUGGGGGCCGAAUCAUGAACUGUACCCAGUGACUUUUCCAGACGAGGCAGCUGCUGGAUGGGAUUUUUACUUUUAAUUUCUUUUUUUUUUUUUUACACAUAGAACACUUGUUUAAAAUGUCUUUGUGCCCCACAGUGUGCAAUGCUGGCAUUGCCAGGACCAGCAGAACCUGAGGUCAAGCAUUAUUUUGGCAGGUGGAGCCAGAUGCUGCUCAAAGAGACAGGUUGUCUGACUGCAUCUCUGCCACUGCUGGUCUCUCGGGGGUGAUGUUCCCCUCUCAUGCCCCCAGACACUGUUCCUCAUCACUCACGGUGUUCCACAUGUAGUGAUGACCAGACUGCCAACACCUAGAGAUGGUGUCCAGCUGACAUGUUCAACAGGAGACUGCUUUGGACUGCUUUGUCAAAAGUGUUUCUUCUGCUUGAUGGGUAGAUCUUGUAAAUGGUCCUGUGGGUAGGUGCACGGGUGAGGAAGCGGUCUUCCCUAUAUGAGUUUGUAAAGGUGGCUCAGAGUCUUCAGGUUCUACUGGUCUGUUUUAUGGAAGUGCUUCUGGAUUAACUAACUUGCUAUGAUGACACUAAGACUCAAGAACUGUGUAGCAGCUCUGGCAUGGAAGCAGGCAUGCAGCACGUGUGCUGAGGGCCUCCAGGACGCUACCAGAACGUAUAUUCUGACUUCAUUCCUCAUUCCCCCCCCACCUCGGCUGCUAAAACUAAAGUGCUGACUUCCUCACACUCUGGGCUGGUGGGCACUUUGUGGCCAGUUUCCCAGAAUCAACCCACUUGAACUCACGGACGAAACCCUUACACAAGAAACUCAUGUUGCCUUAAUUUAAAGCUUAGACUAAAUGUAUGAAAAGUCCAGUCAUGAACUUCAUGUUUUUCUUGUUUGUAAUUUUCACCAUUAUGAUAAAACAUGUCCAGUGGGUAUGUGGCCAAAUAUGACUUGAAAUUUGGUCCUUUAAGGUGGAGUUGCCUUAUUUAAAGCAAGUAUGCUUCCUGUUUGGGAAAUUAGAUUUAACUUAUAAUUGAAGCGAGGAAGUAAUCGAUUGAAGCAGUGGAGGUUGUGCUGAGGUUGUCCCACAUAACUAUGUUCCUUUACCGUUAUGGGACUCCUGGGAACGUACUGUCAUCUAACCAGUCUGCAGCUUCUAGCUUUUCUGUGCCUUACACACACUCAUAGCGUGGAUUUCUUUUAAUUUUUCUCACUUCAGUGUUGGAAGCUCACAUACGUUGCAAAUCUUAUUUUACAAGUGUUCUGCAAAGAAGUUAUAGAAAAUUUUAAUAUGGACUGGGCAGGCUGUUUAAAAUGGGAGUGACACUUGCUAACCUGUGUGAACACUGAAAGUCUCUCAGAUACUCGGCAUUUAGUGACGUGUGUCUCUUGCACGUGGACUUUGAUCCUGUUAGGCUGAGGGUGUUCACAGUAUGAACGUGGAGUUAAGUCUUGUCUUAAUCUGGAACUGAAUGUUUCUCGUGUGUGUGAGAGAAGGAGGGAGACUGAGUGUUUGAGAGGGAGAGACACACAGGUAUACAGAGAUCAUUUACCUCAUCAGAGGCUGCCCACCAGACUCGCUGAGGUCUUAAAUGCCAUAAUGCGUUUCUUUAGUGAGACGCUCCAUAAAACCAGGACCAGUGGUUCUAAUGGGCCUCAUCUGUUGGACCCAGCAUGUGUAACUGGGCUGGGUCCAAAACCUGCAGGACUCUUCGCUGCUGGCUCCUGGAUUUCCUUUCCAUGGGGCAGGUAUUAAAUGUUGGUAAGCAAUACAAUCAGACUUCUUCAGCUGAGAUAUGACUGAAUUUCAUAUGCUUUUCCUGCCCAGGUUAGCACUGCCGACCACCCUCCCUGACACACACACACUUUGAAGUAUGGAUAGUGUGUAUUUCCAUAGUUGAGGUGUGGGGUCCUGUAAUUUCCCAAUGGCGAAACCAUUUAAAACGGUGAUUUCUGGUGCAGAACCUAUGACUUUUGGUUGUUGGGCAACCAGUGAAGUUUUAUACUUUAAAGAUCAACCUAUUUUAACAUGCUUGAAUUUUAUAUAAAAAAAUCUAUUCUCAUACACUAUUCUUAGAGUUGCUGUACUGAAAUGUGCUGAAAAGUAAAAUUGCCAUUCCCUGCUGAAAAUAUUUGGUCAACGACUAUAUUACUCAUGAUAAGGGUAUAGUAAUACUAAUUGCUCAAAAUCAUAUGUAUUAGUAAUGACAUGGCUUUUGGUUUUAAUUAACUUGUAGGAUGACAUAAACUGAAGCACAGGGGCAGCACUCUAUACUGGGCAUAUUGACAUCAAUAGUUAAUUUUAUUGAUCUUUUUAUAUGGAAGCCAUAACCACUGUUCUAUUUUAUUAUUUGAUUUUAACAUUUAAUGUCUGAACAAACUGAACAUUUCUCUGUCAUAUACCCGUAAAUUCCUGGUUCAUCUUGAUGAGAGUUGGUAUUUUUAAAUUUGGGUCAAGUAAAAGCCAGGAAAUGAAAUGUUAACUGUAUUUUCAACAUGUAAUAUGGAGAGAAAAAAAAAAAAAACAAACUUUAUUGAUAA